AUGCUCCACGAGAUCCUCCUCUCCCUGUCCGGUCAGCCGUCCCCUAUCUUCGAGCAGCCAGCUAAAGACCGUGGAAGUGCCCAGGACGGUUUCCCACUCCUUUCGCCGCAGGAAAAGGCGCUCCUCGAACCAAUUGCACGUUUAAGUCGGCUUCACGGAUUGCUGCGUGUCCAUUCGGCACAUAUAUCUUCUUCUCACCCUUCAACCAUCUGUCGGGCGGCGUCUACGACCAUAGCAACGGAAUAUCUCGGUAGCUUUCAGGAGAAGAUACUGGAGGUGGAACGGUCGAUACUUGGUAAAGAUGCCGGCUACGUUGGCGGUUAUGGGAUCGUCCCGCUUUCUACGGUUGUUGGGGAGUUCUCGCCUUGGGUACGGAAGAUGGAAUGGCUUUGGGAUACCUCCCAGUUCAUGCUCCCGUACGUAGCCAAGGACGCGAAGACGAAAGGGACGGCCGCUGGCAGCGGCUGUAGCGGGGCUGCUCUCAUCGAUUAUCUUCGAACGGAGUCCCAGACUGGCUAUACGGAUGUCGAGGAGAUAUCGCUUGGUCUUAUUAAAGCUGCGGAAGCCGCCUGGAUGCGCCAGCUCUCUGUUUUCAUACUAUACGGACAUCUCCCAUCGCUAGGCCGCGAAGAUUUCUUCAUCCAAGAGGGACCUUCUAGUGGUGACAGGCGCGUAAAUACGGCGGACUUUCAGCUUCAACCUGACCUAGUACCAAAAUUUGUAUCUCGGUCAACAGCUACCUCUAUCCUAUUCGUGGGGAGGUCUCUAAAUCAUAUCCGGGCCCGUGGGAAAUUCCCCGCGGGGGAAGAAGCAAAGCACUCCUCGUCUCAGAUGACACUACACGGAGAGUUCAUCCGAUGUCUCUCUUCACUUACUUCUCCGAUAUCAAUGAUUAGCCUAGCUAAUGCAAUCUCCGAAAUUCGACUCUCACUCUCUCACACCGUCCUUUCACAGCUCCUACCGCUACACAAGAUAAUGGAGGUUUUAUCUCUGUUGCACAAUUUUCUUCUUCUUGGUAGAGGAGAGUUUGCAAUGGCAUUGGUAUCUCAUGCGGAUGAACGAAUUUCGACGAAACAUAAACGAACUUAUCAGGCUACUUCUGUCGAGGAAACGCUGGACGUCCUGACACUCAAGGAGAGCGAAGUGUCUACGGUGCUUACCCAGGCCUGGACAGAAUUAUAUUCCAUCCCUAAUGCUGAAGAUCCGGUGGAUGACGAGCUAGACCUGGCACGAUCCUUGCUGAGGCUCUCAAUAGAGAAAGACACUUCAAUAAGCAAAGAUAUGAAGUCAGCCAACCAGAUACUCACCUAUAUCUCCGAUGUCAACUUUUCAGAUAUCUUACUUGGCUCUCCAACCACCCUGUCCCUCCACAUCAACCCUCCCCUUGACCUCUUUCUGGCGCAAUCUGAUAUGAUUGUCUAUUCAAAGAUCCACUCAUACCUCUUGGGUAUUCGCCGGGGACAGAUGCGACUCGGUGACUUGUGGAAACGGACAUCUCUUCGAAGAGUUCACCCGUCUCCCUGGGGUCCGCCGAUGAGCAAUAAACCCGGCGGCCGAGCAAACCUCAAGCUAGGUCGAGAACGACAGAAGAAGCGCGCAGCAUUGAUGCGCCGUGUCUGGGCUUCGGGAAGUGCCGCUCUGUUUGUCUUUUCAGAACUUGGUAGCUACCUCCAAGGCGAGGUUAUUGGCAGCUCCUGGCGGCAUUUCAAAGGAUGGCUGAAUGGCGGACGUCCCCAGAGUUCCUCCGGACAGGGUUCUAGGCCUGGCACCGCAUCUUCCACCAACACCCUAUACCACUCCCAUGAUCCCGAAACUAUCAAUAUCGCUCAUCGUACAUACCUUGCCCACCUUAUCCAGUCCCUUUUCUUGACAGAUGUCCCAUUUACUCGCACACUACGAGCUCUAAUCGCACACGUCGACCGCUUUGUCUCCCUACUCGGCCAAUUACAAACCAUCCAACAGAACCUCGACCUCGAGACGGACGAAGGCGUCUUUGACUCAUUACAAGAUUACUCCCAAGAUGAGGCGAGAGUAUGGGCCGAGGUCUCUACCGCACGUACUAGCCUAGAGAGAUCCAUGACCGACCUCAUUGCCAGGCUACGCGAUAUCGAUGACCAUCGCAUCACGAAGGGCGCCACAUCAUUAGAUGCUAGCACUAGACACGUAGCGCCAGAACUUCGUUGGGUAAAAGGGAACGAGGAGACGUUACGUGGUAGACAGGAGAAUAAUAUAUUUGUCCCAUGGAGAGCCGCGGGUGUUGAUCGACUGCUAAUGAGACUUGAAUUCGGCGGGGCUAGUGCAGAUGAUAACGCGGCUGAUGGCUUGGACUUUGGUGGGAACACGGUGUUUGAGGAAUAG